UACCAGACCAGUUUUUCACAAUGUCGGUUUCCGAUCUCAUCAGUGCCUUAGAUGCUAUUCCCAAGGUCCAAGCCGCGACCCCCGAAGUCCCCGUUUCAGUGUUCCUUGAUGCCCCCGAGUGGCUCACAGAAAGCUAUCUGCAGGAUGCCUUGCAAAAGUACUACAGCGAUCAGCGGCUAAGGAUCGACUGGGUGAAGGUGAAGCCAGCCCUAGGCAAGGGUGAAAACUAUGGUGGAGUCCUGACCCGGGUCAAGGCUCAGUUCACAAGGAGCGAUGGCACCUCCCAACUGGGUCACUACAUCAUAAAAUCCACCUUCGAGGGAAACGAAUUCGCCCAGAGCACUAUGGAGCCAUACGACAUUUUCAACCGGGAGAUGGAAAUCUACGAGAAGGUCCUUCCCAAGCAGAAGGCUCUUCUCCUGGAGAUUGGCGACACCGAGCAGAUCUUUGCCGAAACUAUGGCUGUGGAUUUGCCAAACUCGGCUUUGAUAUUUGAGGAUCUGAAUGCCAGGGGCUUCGUGAUGCCCGAUCGGCUCGCCGGGCUCAACCAGAAACUGGCUAAAAUAGUGCUCCGUAAAAUGGCCAAAAUGCAUGCCACCUCGGCCGUCCUUAACCAAAGAGAGAACCAUGUCUUGGAGACCUACGAUCGGGGCUUCUUCAAUCGCUACACAGAAAACUACGCUCCAGCCUUCGUGGGCAUGUUUGAGGCUGCCAUUCGGCGGGUGGCCCAGUGGCCUGGAUACGAGGCCACUGCUGAGAAGAUGAAGACUCUUGUGCCCAUCUACAUGGAGCUGGGUAAACGUGUCUUUGACAUCAGCCCAGGCCACAUUAAUGUCCUGGCUCACGGCGAUCUGUGGACCAACAACGUUCUGGUCAAAUACGACAAGGAUUCGGGGGAGCCACUAGAUGUGAUCAUUAUUGAUUUCCAGUACUCCGCCUGGGGAACUCCGGCCAUCGACCUUUUUUACUUCAUGAACUCAUCCUUGGAAUUUGAACUCCAUCGGGAUCAGCAGGAGCAGCUUAUAGCGUUCUACUACGGCAUCUUCUCGGACACCUUGAGGAGGCUGCAAUUUCAGCAGCCCAUUCCUAGCUUGCACCAGUUCCAUCAGCAGCUCCACCAGAAAAAGUUCUAUGCUGCUCACGUUUCCAUGUCCGUUUUUGGCAUUCAUCGAAAUGUAGAGACCGAAAACGCAGAUUUUAAUGCUCUGAUGGAGACCAAUCAGCGCUCAAUUAACUUCAAGGAUGCCUGUUACAAGAAUCCGAUUACCUCGAGGGUUCUGCGGGAGCUUCUUCCUGUGUAUGACGCAGAGGGCUUGCUCGACGCAGAUCAGUAAAUCCUAA